AUGGCUCCUAUGCAACUUUCCGUCUGUACUACUACUCUGUGUCUAGACAUGAGUGCUUUCAGCGUACGAAGCAGCGCAAAUCAGAAGACGGCAUCACCAUCCGAGAAGAGGAAAGUUAAUCCAUUGUUUGGGAGUAAGGGUUCUGAGCUUGAAAGGCUCACCACAAAGACUCUCGAGAAAGGCAACCUCAAGGAAGCGGUGAAAUUACCUGCUGGUGAAGACAUCAACCAGUGGUUGGGCAUUCACACCGUAGAUUUCUGCAAUCAAAUAAACCAUUUGUACGCUAGUGUCGGAGACUUCUGCACACCCAAGACUUGCCCUAUCAUGAAUGCUGGAUCUGGAUAUAAGUAUAAAUGGGCAGAUGGAGUUACUAUAAAUCGGCAUAUAACUGUUUCAGCUCCUGAGUACGUUGAGUAUCUGGAGGAUUGGAUUCGAACUCAGAUGGGUGACAAAACUAUCUUUCCGCAGAAAACUGGAGCACCAUUCCCGCCAGAAUUUAAGGAUUCUGUGAAGCUGAUUCUGAAGAGGCUGUUUCGUGUUUAUGCACACAUCUAUCAUUCUCACUUUAAGAAGAUUGUGCAUCUCGAGGCAGAAGCUCAUCUCAACACAAGCUUCAAACAUUUUGUUCUCUUCGUAACUGAGUUCAAGCUGGUUGAUAAAGUUGAGUUGGAUGCUCUGGAAGAGCUCGUGGAGAAGAUUCUGGAUCCCUAG